GCGCUCACGGGAAGGGAGGGGGGCCGCAGCAACAGAAGCAGCUUUUGAUUGGUCGGGCUGCACGCGACAAGGAGGGGGAGCAAAGGGGAGCCGUUCGGUGAGAACGAAAAAUAAUGAAGGACUCAUCCCCUCCAUUUGGUUACUGAACACCAGGAGGAUCAGUACAUACCUGGAGAAUGCCGUAAGACAUGGGCUCCCGCAGUAGUAGCAACGCUGGCUCGGGGAGCCGGGAUAACCAGGGCAGCUGGUCUCAAAGGGACUCGGGGAACCUGCGCAGCGAGGAAGAAGACGACGAGGAUGUGGAUCUGGCCCAGGUAUUGGCAUAUCUACUGCGCAGGGGACAGUUUCACCUGAUGCAGGGCAGGGAAGCAACCAGCGUUCGGGUGUUCCAGGCACUCUCUGACUCAGAUGACGACAAUGACAGCGCAUGGGAGGGGCGUCUAGGAGAUCAGUAUAAACCCCCAGUGGAUUUGACUCCAGACACUCGUGAACUGGAAUGCAACGAGAUCAAAACACGCAUCCAGUUGGCGACAGGAAGGCUAGGUUCGGGACGAACCGAACGUAGUAUCCCCAGACUGCUUUGCCAGAGAGAGCGUGGCCUUUGUCACAACAGCAGCUUCUCUCCUGGGGAGUGUUCGCGGGUGGUAUCACACUUUCUCCCCAACCACUUAGCCUUCACAGAUUCCUACGCCCAGAAGGCUUUCUGUGGGAUCUAUUCCCGCAACGGACAGCUUUUUAUGUCUGCUUGUCAAGAUCAGAGAAUCCGCUUAUAUAACUGUGCCUAUGGAGCCUUUCGGGAGUUCCGGAGCAUCAAAGCCCGGGACGUGGGCUGGAGUGUACUGGAUGUCGCCUUCACGCCGGACGGGGCUCACUUCCUGUAUUCCAGCUGGUCAGACUAUAUUCACAUCUGCAAUAUCUAUGGUGAGAGCGAUACCCACACGGCGCUGGAUCUGAGGCCUGACGAGCGCCGCUUCGCUGUCUUUUCGCUUGCGGUCUCCUCGGACGGAAGGGAAGUACUUGGCGGGGCGAACUAUGGCUGCGUCUACGUGUUCGACAUGGAGCAGAAUAAGCGGACGCUCAAGAUCGAGUCCCACGAAGAUGACGUGAACGCCGUGGCCUUUGCCGACAACAGCUCCCACAUCCUCUUCUCUGGGGGCGACGACGCCAUCUGCAAAGUGUGGGACCGGCGCACCAUGAGAGAGGACGACCCCCGGCCGGUGGGGAUCUUAGCUGGCCACCAGGAUGGCAUCACCUUCAUUGACAGCAAAGGGGAUGCCCGGUACCUCAUCUCCAACUCCAAGGACCAGACCAUUAAGCUGUGGGACAUGCGAAAGUUCUCAGGCAACGAGGGGCUCGAGGCGUCCCGCCAAGCUGUCACCCAGCAGAACUGGGAUUAUCGGUGGCAGCAGGUGCCCAAAAAAGCACGGCGCAAGUCGAAGCUUCCGGGCGACACCUCCCUCAUGACGUACCGGGGCCACGGAGUGCUCCACACGCUCAUCCGCUGCCGCUUCUCUCCUGCACAUAGCACUGGGCAGCAGUAUAUCUAUAGCGGCUGCUCCACAGGCAAGGUAGUAGUAUACGACCUGCUGAGCGGCCUUAUUGUGAAGAAGCUCAUCAACCACACGGCCUGCGUCCGCGACGUCAGCUGGCACCCGUACGAGGAGAAGAUUGUCAGCAGCUCGUGGGACGGGAACGUACGGCUGUGGGAAUACCACCAGACAGAAUACGAUGAGGAUGACCUUGGGGACGCCAGGCAGUUCCCCACCACCAGAGAGCUGCGACCCAGAUCCUCAGGAGCCUCUGAACAGUAGCCUUUUCUCGCUGCUUGGCCACUGCUCUCCAGUUUGGGACUUGCUGGGCAGGGUGGGUGGGGAGUGGGGAGUGGGGUUGGGAGGAGCAAAAUCUACCUUGCGCUUGCUUGUGGCCUUUGGAAGGGUGGGAGGGGGCAACUCCAUGGGCAUUCCCCACCCCCCUGUACACACAUGGACACGCUGUGGAUCUAGGGGCGAUGAGUAUCAGAAUCUGAUGUCAGUCAGCUGCAAGGGGGAAAACAAUUAGUUAAAGAAGCUAAAGUAAAGCAGGAUUAUUAUUUUUAUAUAUCGCCUCCCUUCUGAGGUUCUGUGGAAUUGCAUUUUACAGUCCCGAGUUCUUUCUGGUCUGCCAUGUUUUGGGAUGCGAAAUCAUGAGACAAAACUUGCCCCGUCGACAGUGGGUCUUAGCUGGCUCUGGGGGACAAAAUGGUCUCUGCCUCCCCACCCUCCCUCUCUCCCACAGGAGGGCUGUGCUCUUUUGUCCACGUCAUUGCCUGACUGACCUUGUAUGGAAGGUGGGAACCGGGGGCCGUGACUUUUUUAAAUUCCCUUCUCGGUACCUUGUUCCGAGUUAACCUGGUUCUGGGGAACAUCUGGGAAUGGUGUGCGCUUGCUGUUUUGAAAUGCAAGCUUUGGACUGGGGACCUUUAGGCAUUUUUCUUCAAGACGGGUUCUCUUCUCAUCCUCCAGAAAUGGCUUUCUCAGGGGGAGCGGGUUGUCAAAAGGAGGCUCCCACUUCCUCUUUUGGGAUGACACGCGUGGCACGUUUCCUCCGAGGACAAUCCAGGCCUGCAGAUACUUUCUGUCCUGGUGGUAUCUGCAGCUGAGGUGUGAGCAGCAGGGAAAAGUUUUGCAGCAGAGACACCACGGGGCAAAGUGGGGAAGGGGGGGCUUCUCCUGUGGAAUACGUCUGGCCCUCCCUUCAAUGUCAUCCCGUCCCAAGGGCCAUUUGCUCCUGCAGCCCCCCCUCCCCAGUUCAUCUUCCUCAAAGGACAGGUCCCUUGCCAAGGUGUGGCAUCAGGAAUCAUCCUGGAUUGCACCUGUUCCCUGCCCAGGUAACAAAGACCCCAAUUUUGUGUCCCAGUUUAGGGGUACAUUGGGAAGGUACCCAAAUGCCAUUCGCUCUCUGUCGCAUCUCUUAUCCUCCCACCAAUCACCACCACCACUGUGGAUAUGUUGAUCAGGGUAGGGGGCGAUGGGGUGACCCUCUGGUACGUGAUGUGGUAUUUUUUUUUCUUUAAGAAAUAAGUCUGGUGAUCCUUGUGUUAAGUUUCAGGUAGGCAGGGAAAGCCCUGGAUUAGUUCCUCCACUGAAGGAGGGAAUUGUCUUUCGGACCCCCUCAGUCAAGAGGGGUAGCUUGUACAAGAUGUGGUGGAAAGGGAGGGUCCCUUUCGUGAGGGGCUGCACAUUUUCAUCCGCCGGGGGGGUCUGGGCAAAGCGCUGUCAGUGUCAAUAAAAACUGUUGAAAUUUU